UAUGAUGCUAGUCAUAGUUUGUGGACGAUUACAAUAUCCCCCGUUGCUCGAGAUAUGUCAGUUUGCCCAAGGCAUAUGAGUGUGAGGAAAAUAAUAUCUCUUUUUAUAAAUUCACCAGAAAGAUAAUAGAAUUUCCGCUUAAAAUACUAUUCGUUGAGUGGUCAUUUCAUAAUCUACCAGUGCUGAACUAACAGAAACUGUUGUUUCUCACUUUCUGAAUAACUUGGAACCCGAUUAAUUGCAUUGAAGUUUUCUCUGUGCUGUACUUCUGCAGCAUAUGCAUCGCGCAAUGUCAACAAUGUAAGUCAGUCACAAAUCAAUGUGAUUCUAUUUGGUCUGGUUUUCUUGUUAUCUUUACAUGAUGGAUAACAAGAUAAGAAAUAUAACAGUGUAGGAUGAAACCUCCGGGCUAGAUAUUCGGUUUUGUGAAUUUUGUAAAUUAUAUAAUGUAAACACAAAUAGUGUGGUUUAUUCAAUCUCCGAACCACUGUACUAAGACAACAAAAGCUUGAAGAUGGGUUCAAUAGCUUUGGAAGAGUACGAUCUCAUGAAAGACUCAAAAUAUCGAGUCUAUGUCUCAGCAGUGGAUAAAGCCCUUAAAAAUUUCGAAUACACAAGCGAAUGGGCAGACCUUAUUUCCGCUCUUGGAAAACUGAACAAGGUCCUUUUGAGUCAUAUGAAGUUUCCUGUCAUACCAAGAAGGAUAAAAAUAUCAAAAAGGCUAGCACAAUGCAUGCAUCCUGCACUUCCCUCAGGCGUUCAUCUCAAGGCGCUGGAAACGUACGAUAUUAUUUUCAAAUGCAUGGGAACAAACAGGCUCAGUCACGAACUUUUCAUAUAUAGUGCUGGUCUCUUUCCAUUACUGGGCCAUGCAGCGAUGAAUGUUCGCCCAUCAUUAUUGACAGUUUACGAGACACAUUUUGUGCCUCUCGGAGAAAGACUUCGUCCUGGAUUGAGUGGGUUUCUUAGCGGUGUUUUACCCGGUCUCGAGGAAGGAUCUGACCACUUCGAUCGAACAAAUUCUCUUCUGGAAAAAGUUUGCGAAGGGGUUUCCCCGGAACACUUCUACGCGUGUUUGUGGGAUUGUUUAGCAUCAAAUUCUGGGAUUCGUUUACCAGCUAUAUCUUUUGUGCUGGCUCAUUUCAAUAGAAAACUAUCCAUGGAAGAUCAGCUGUAUAUCAUGGGUACAAACAUCGACAUUAUGGUUACUGCUUUAUGUGCUGGAGUUCAAGAUAGUUCUGUUUUAGUACAAAGAAGUGCGCUUGAUUUAUUAUUGGUAGGCUUUCCAGUUCAUAACAGUCAAUUAAUUCGAGAAGAUAUGGUAUUGUUACUAACAGCUGCCCUAGUCACUAUAUUACGAAGAGAUAUGAGCCUGAACAGACGACUUUUUGCUUGGCUUUUGGGAACAGAAGUUAAUAUGUCCAUUUUGAAAAAAAGAAUUGAUCCAGCAGUAGCUGAAGCAUCCGCGACAUACUUUGAUAUCUUCUCCAAAGAUAUGUUAAUUCAAGCGAUAAAAUCCACGCUCAGAACUGUGUAUAAGGAGAAUCCACAGGACUUAAAACCAUACAGAAUUCUAGUUUCAUUAUUAGAUAAACCAGACAUUGGUCCGGUAAUUCUAGACGAUAUUCUCUACGAAGUAUUCAGAACACUUUAUAAUGCAUGUAAAAAAUCGGAUAAACCGGUAAAAUCGAACGAGGUAGUGAAAUCUGCGAAUCUUCUAUUUACUACACUGGAGCCAUCUUAUGUUUGGGUGCAUUGCGGAUAUUUGUUUGAGAAAGCUUGCUCGACAAGAGUAAAAAGCCUCGAGGAGAUUGAAGAGAAUAAAGUAAAUCUGGUCGGUAGUGGAAUGCCUAAUCUAAUAGAGGUUUGCAUUUUAACUGAGUUUUUGCUAGACACGGUGUCUUUGGAUGCCUCUUUGGAUACGCCAUCUGAGCAUUUACCAGGUCUAUUCUACCAAGUAAUUAACAAGUUAUCCUGCCACACCGAUGUCUUAUCACCAAAUGAAAUUGCCAAAAGUCUUGGCUUAUGUGCUAAAAUUUUAUCCAGAGUUCAACCGACCAUAGCCAAUUCUCAUGUGGAUAAAAUAGAACCUGAGACAAAGUUAGAAAUCAUGCUUAAUCCGGGUUCACCUAAUACAGCUGUUGCAGACAGUUCAUUGAAUCCUAUACCGCUGGAAAAGAGUCAGUCAGAUAGUAAAUUAAAUAAAACAGAUAUGCUGAAUAAUUUGGUAGUGGACAAAAGUCCGAGUCCAAGGAGGCGGGCAAACUCCGGUGGCAGUGGUAAAAAAAGUGAUAAAAAAUCGAAGAAAAAAAGUAGUAAAAGUACGUCAAAGCUAAGCGACAGUUAUACCAUUCAAGCAGAUGGCAGUAACAUAUCUGUAGUGGUCAGUGAAGAUGUCAAACCAAUUGCUCGAAAUAAAAGUAUGGACAAUCUCAAAAUUGAUUACUCUGAGACAAACUUAAAUAGUUCUGCACGUCAGAGUGAAAACUUGACUCCUAAAAGUUUAUCAAGGAAAAGUUUGACCGGAUCAAAUGGAUCGUUGAACAGAGGUCCGUCACCUGCUUUACAAGCGCAAAAUUCAAUGUUGGAGAAAUGCCUAAGACAAUAUGAAUUGUUUUAUGUAAAAUUAGUGAGUAACAGAAUAUUGACUAAAGAUAGAACGGUUUCCGACAUGUUUGAAGAUCUAGUAAUAGUCUCUCCAAGAGAAAGUUUUCAAGAACGAAGUAAACAUCUGGAAUCUUUAUUGACUUCAAGACUCAACUCAGAAGAUUCCGGAUUUUUUAGUCAAGAUGCACCUUUGGCCACUGAAAUAUCAUGCUUAAAUUUUUUGCAACCAAAAAAUGGAUCUAUCAAACGCUCGGAAUGGGAAGAUGCGAUGAAAAUUGCGUCAAGCCUAUUGGUUGAAUUAUCAACAUUUCCAACGUAUUGUCUCCCAGGAGACGGCAUUUUGCUAGAAGAAGAACCUAAAGGGCAAGUUGUACUACCAAACUGGUUAAAAGUCUUGGUGGUUUGCGCGUGCUGGUUGGGGAGAGAACCGUCACUCCAGUUAACGAGUAUGGCAACAUUAUUGGAUUUAAUUGCUUUAUUGAAAGCACAACGGGAUGUGAAGCCUCAUCCUCAGAGUGGAGAGGGAGUAACAACAGUGGUGAUGGUUCCUUUGUUGAAAGAAUGGCACGUCAAUAUUUUAGAACAACAUACAAACGUGUUUCAAGUACUCGCUCAUUCUUUAUGGCAUCAUCUUGGGGAGCUGCCUGCUCAUGAAUACAGAAUGCGUUGUGUUGAACUUUUACAUGAAUUGCAUCACGCACUUCAUAAUUCCUGCGAUGCUGUUGAGGAUGUAAUAGGUUCAACUCUAACGUGUGACAAUUUGGAAAAAAGAGUCGAAGCGUUUAGCAGAUUUGCUACAUUGUGGCAUCUAGGUCGAGAAGUUGAAACUAAUCCUAGAUUAAGAGGAUGCUUGAGGACAUUUGAUAAAUCUUUGUUAAAAAUGUUAGAUAAUCUUCAGCUAGCGUAUAAUUCACCACUAAAACUUCAAGCGCAAUCCUGGUUGCUGCAUUCCUUAUUGCGUGGUGAUAUUUCACGUAUUGUUGAUCCUGUGCUGACAAUGUUACUCGACCCCUCUACUUGUAGAAUGAGCGUACUCCACGUGAGCAUUCAACAUAGCAAUACAGUACUAACUAAAAAUGAUGUGGUUGAAGAAAAGUCUGAGCCGCAUGACGAUUUUGAAGGUGCUGCAAAGAUUUACGCCAUCAGUUCUGUCGACGGUAAUGUUAUAUAUCACGUCAGCGACUCUACAGAUGAUGCUAAGUGGAAGAAAGGUAGAAAAAAAAUCAAAUUGAUAAAUCCUGUUAAGGCAAAGAGAAUAUUUGCUGUGACAACCUUGGCAAAUGGUGAUAAAGGUAGUCAUUUUAUAACAGAAAAGAAUCAGUUCAUGAAAGAAUUGGAGGUACCACCAAGUAUUUCUGGUAAUAAUAACAUAUCCGUUUUUGUUAAUCCGUUGUCAGUAAACUGUAGUGCAAAUUCGAAUGACUCCUUGACUGAAGACGAGUCUUUGCAAAGUGUCAAAAAAUCUAGUUUGACGACAGAACUUUUAAAAAAUGCUACUAGGUUCAAAAAGAAAGACUUUGAUAAAGGAUCAACUGCAAGUUUGGAUGAAAGUUUGUUCGAUUCUGCAAAUUCUAGCUUAAAAAUUAAGGAAAAAAAUGACAUGAAGAAAGCAAACGGCGAUGUUGGAUCGUCAUUAGAUUCCAUCACGAAUAGUUUUGAUUCCAGUAGUCCUGAAAGAACAAACAAAGUACAAAAAUCGAAAAAAGGAAUGCUAAUUCCUGGUAGCUCCAAAGAAGUUGCUGGCACAAUAAUGACUGGUAGAUACCAUAGUACAAAUGAAUUUUCAACAAGCUAUGAAACACAUGAUGUUCCGGGAAGCUUUGAAGCCACAGCUGAAGUUCCUAGUUGGACAAUGGGAGAUGACGAGGGUGACUUGGAAUUAAGUACUACUGCCGAAGAGUACUUCAGCAAUUCCAGCGGUGUCAGUAUCGUUGAAGAUAUUCUCAACGAAGUUAUCGACAAAGUGUUGCUACAGUGUGAUGUUAUGGAACCAGUUAAGCCUUCAGAUGCAUCGGUGCAACUUGAUACAAAUUCUAGACGCACUUCUGGUGUCGGCGUUCACAAUCUUCACUCUCAUAUGCUGCUCUACUGUGGAGUUUAUGACUCAACGAGGACGCUUUAUGCAUUACGCACUCUAAGAAACGAACUUUUAACAAAUACAAGAAUGUUCUUGUGCUCAGCAGCGACAACCGGUAUUGCAAAUACUACAAAAAGUACAGCGCUACUGAAUUUAUUAGCGAGACAUCGGAAAAGUGUAUUUGGACGAAACUUUCAUGGAGACAUAGUGAAUAGCGAGUUUGUAGCAGCGUAUAGAAGUAGCAUGUACUUGGAAGUUUUGAUUAGUGUUUGCCUAUACUUUGCCAGAAGCUAUUAUCCCAAUUUAGGACAAAUGAGACUAACUCAGGAGGAGAUUGCAGGAAAUAGACAGGUUCAAUUAGCAAGUGCAGAACUUUUAAUGCUUAUAUUCUCUGAACUUAUUGCCAUUGUUCGAGAUUCUGGAAAAGGAUUUAGUUGUUAUAUAGUUGACUUAUUGGCAAAAUGUAAAGUUCAAAAGGUCGCUCUUCACUGUUUGGUAUCAAGCGUUCUAAAUAUGAAAAAUGCCCAGAAAGAAAAUGAAGAUAUUUUUACUUUCACUGAAGAAAUAGUAUUGUUCAAUGACCCUGUGACUGACACCUAUGUAAACAAAUGUAAAUACAGAGCUAGUGAUCAUACCGAAGCCUUUCAAAUUCAAUUACUAAGGCUACUGUUAGCUCUAAUUAUGCUUGAGCAUCAAUGUGGUGUGCAGAAAGGGGAAGAAGUUACUCCGACUCAGCCAACUCCUUCUACACCAACUCGAAAUGCGCCAAAUUUGACUGGCAGUGCACUUAAAUAUAUACCUGGAGCACCAUUACCGCAGCAGCCAAUGUUCUUAGCCAGUAUAUUGAGCGCCUUGCAACUGGAUCACAUGAGGCAUUUACAUCAGCAUUGGACAACUCUGGUCACAUCUAGCCUUCCAUUUAUGGGAUCAUCUCUCACGCAAAUUGUGACAUCUGUAAUUCAUCAGCUUUGCUAUAAUAUAGAACAUCUAGCAUCUUAUUACGUCAGUGAAGAGGCGGCACUCACUUUAAAAUUAAAAGAUAUAACUACCGUCGAAUGCUGCUUACCGGCAGAUUACACUGUUACUCAUCUGGAAGCUUUGACCUUUUUACUUCAUUACUGCUUACUUGAUAACUCGCAGCAGCUUGGGUACUCGUUCAAUCAACCGCUGAGUGGAACUGUUCAAACCGGGAUCCCUGGAGCAAACCCUGGGCAAAUAUUCAAUAAUCUUAUCCAUGUGUUCAUGCCAAGCCCACUUUCACCUGAAAUUGCCAGUGGAAAGGAUAAAGCUGGAUUGAGUGAACAACACUUACACGCAAGAAGAACGGCUUUGAGUCAUUUACCGAGAAUAAUAGCUUCUCUUUCAGCUUUGUGGCAAGCAGUACUUGUCACUAAGGAUAACGAACAGGCAAGUUGCGUUGUGGGUAGCCCCAGGGUUGUUAAACAUCAGCUGUUGGAACUCUUAUCUCCUAUUUCAUUUCAUCAUGGUGUUAAUUUCCUGGCUGCAGUUGCGGUCGCAUGGCAUGAAAGAAGACAACCGUCUGCCGCGUCAAAAAAGGUCUUACCUGAAGCCUGUCCAAACCAACAAGUGAUGGUCCAUCUAGUCAGCGCUAUUCGUGUUAUGCCUAUUGAUACGCUUGUACACACUGUACACCAAUUAGUGAAAUCUCCACCACCGAUUCACGGUGUAAAACAAGAUUUCUCUCUGGAAGUAUCGGUCUUAGAAUUAUUGUACGUUUACAUGCAGAGCAAUACAUCGCAAUCCCUUGUUGAAUCGUGGGGAUCUUUACUUGGACUGCUCAAAGAUAGUCUUGCAUUAACUGCACCUGCCCAGUUCCUAUUACUUGCGAUACUAAAUGAGUAUAUACAAAAAUGUCCGCCUAUGCAAGAGAAAAAAGAUGUUCGUGAUCUACAAGAUAUCACAGCUAAGCUGGUGGAAUCAUGCUCUCAAAUAGCUGGAGCGUGUCUAGAGCAGACAACAUGGCUAAGACGAAAUUUAGCUGUGCGAGAAGAUGUUUUAGAGGUUGCGGAAGGAGUUACUGAAGUUACCCCUGGUACACCGCCUAAUACUGCCUACAGCGUUCAGGCGCAGGCUGUCUUAGCUGAAAUUUUGGCACACCUUUUGGAUGUUAGUUAUGGAUCCCAAGAGAAAGAGCGAGUAGUCACGCUGUUAACCAAUCUCAUGUACAAUAUUACACCAUAUCUGAAAAAUCAUACAAUGAGAAAUAUUGCAUCAUUCACUGCCUGUUCCCAACUACUCAGCUCACUGUCAGGCUACCAGUAUACUAGAAAAGCAUGGCGUAAAGAUGUUCUUGAUUUACUACUCGAUCCAGCACUGUUUCAAAUGACGCCAGCGUGUUUACCCUAUUGGAGAACUGUAAUUGACAAUUUAAUGACACAUGACAACACAACAUUUAGGGAUCUAAUGAACAGAGUAUCAAUGGCACAAAGUAGUGGAAUUAGCAUAUUUUCUUCUAAGGAACAAGAAUAUGAGCAAAGAGCCCAACUUCUAAAACGUUUGGCAUUUGUUAUUCUUUGCAGUGAAAUGGAUCAGUAUCACAAAUACAUGCCUGAAAUUCAAGAACGUCUAGCCGACAGUUUGAGGCUUCCCCAAGUGAUCCCAUCUAUUCAGGCGCAAGUUUUCCUGUGCUUUAGAGUAUUAUUACUGCGAAUUUCACCCCAUCAUGCAACGUCCUUAUGGCCUGUUAUUGUCAGUGAACUAGUUCAAGUAUUUUUACACAUCGAACAAGAGUUGAAUACCGAUACUGAAGAAUUCAGUCGACAGAACAGCUCUCACAUUAGACUUUUAUCCGCAUUGGAUUCCUCAUGGGCAGUAAAUGCCAGUAAUGGUCUUCAAGCUCAUGGACAUCCACACUGGCUACAGCUGCAAUUAGCUACUGCUAAACUCUUGGAUCUCGCAUUGCUCUUACCAGCGCACAGACUUCCACAGUUCCAAAUGUAUCGAUGGGCAUUUGUGGGUGAUGCAGCAUCAGGCAGUAUACAGAACAGCGAGCGUCAAACAGAUUUUGUGCCUCACAUUACCAGGAUUGCAAGGCUUAUGGACACUAAGUAUGGUGGUGAGGUUGCUCCGUUGACAUCGUUACCUGGCGAACUUUUACUGGCAUCGAACAACAUUCGCUCGUUACAAGAUCUGCACCCAUUCUUUACAGCACUUAGUCGUAGAUCGACUGAUUCACACGAAACAUUGAAUAUCAGUCAAUUAGAAGCAGUGAUUGAACAAGACUUUCUCGAAAAGAUGCCAUCGGGUCUUUCGAGAUAGUAGAAAAUAUCCAUUUUCAAUAACUAAGGUUUUUUUAUGAACUCUAUUUGGCAGCUAGGGCUGAUAGUGUUGAAGAUAAAGUCUCUCAAGCGUCAGACUUUCACGAAUUUUUUUUUAUUAAAGUUACUCUAAAAAACGUUCGUUUAUAAAAAUGCAUUAUAAUAUUAAAGGUCAAUAUUUAUUCUGUUGUUAAUAAUUCUAAAUGGGAUGUUAAAUUUUAUAUGUUAUGAUAUAUUUGUCGAUUCUCAAUAAGUGCAAACAUAGAUCUUCGAAACUAUUUCAUAUUCCUGCACACCAGAAACUGCAAUUUGAACUACAAUUAUAGAUUCAAUCUGCUUGUUGUCUUAACGUAUAACAAUUUAUGAUAUCAAUUCUGCGAGUAUAUCCAACAUUUACCUUUUAUUCAGGAAAUAAAUUGUAUAGUUAACGAUAUGCCACUGUUAAUAACUCUGAUGUGAAUUAUUUUUUAUCUUGCAUGUAUUUAUGCUCUCUUUACUGACAGUUGGCCCGAUUGCAUCUGUAUUUUUAUUCUGACGCUUUUAUCAAAUUGUAGAUGAUAUCGUUAAUAUACAUUUUGUUCUACGACUCCGAGUAAUCACUACAGGUAAUACAAACUUAAUUGAUAUAAAUAAUAUUUCCGUGAACGAUUUAGUCAUGAAACUAUUUUCUUGUACCAGUAAUGUUACGUAUUCUCAUACUCUUACGAAUAGUCUUUUCGUUGUAAACAAUAACUCGAAAGUUUUACAUCAAUUGUUAUACUAAUUUAUAUUUAAAAACAAUACAAUUUCAUGGAAAAUUGUUUACUUAUAGGUGUUAUGUUGAAAUCAACAGUAGUUGUAUAAUGGUAUAAUCAGCAGUAGCAAUAAUUCAUUCAUUCAUUCAUUCAACAGUAGUUGUGUAAUGUUAAUUAAGCAGUAGCAAUAAGUCAUUCGAAUGAUUUACUAUCAAUAAUACUUGUUGUCAUGCAUUACUAUUAUCUUACAUCUUUUUAACAUUGCUAUUGCCGAUUGUGCCUAUUACUUUAAUACGAUAUGUGUAUAAUAACGGGAAACAGCAAAUAAUGUGUUUGGUGAUUUAAAAUCAGUAAGAUAGUUGAGGAUCUAGUUCGUUAAAGUGUAGUUUAUUUGUCACUAUCAAUUAUUGAUUUCGAUUAUCAAAGCUUAGGCUUGCCUCCUCGUUCGGUUGUGAGUAGUUAUGGAAAUACUUAGUGUUUCAUAGUGGCCUAGUCGACAUUUUUCUGAAAAUGUUGCAAUGCUUUUGAAACACUUGGUGCAGUUAAGUAGGAUCAAACAAUAUAAUGAAAAUUUAUCUAUCCCGAUACAAUUUUACAUUCAUGAAUGAAUAUUGUGUGAUUUCCUUUUUUUUGUGAAUCUAAUACGUGCUAAUGACUAGUAGAAUCUUUAAAAUACCAAGUAUUAAGCGAAGAGAUGUCAAGCUUAUGCCGAAGUUUUAAUUAUGUACGUAAUUCACAUGAUUUCACAAAAAACACGUUGCAAUAAUUAGACGGUUUUAUUAUUAGAUUUGAACUAAUAUUACAUUUCAGAGACAUUAAGUUUGGUAUACAAUAAGUUAUAACUGUAAGUACAUCUCAAUGACAGAUACUAUGACUGUGUUGUAGUUUUAUUUCGUUAUGAUUUGAAAAUUGUUCUGGCCAUUUAAAUAAGUAUUCAUAACUUUAGACAUUGGAUUGUUUAAAGACACUUGUAUUAGGAAUUUGCUAAAAACAAGUUAGGAAUUGGAAUAUGAAGGAUAAAGUAUGUAGUAGAUAACUCAGGCUGUAUCAUCGAUGUUGUUAAUCAAGAUGACAAAAAUAUUUUUGUACUUUAACGCAAACGUAUAAAAGAGUAGAUGUUGCUCGUAGACAUGUAACUGUAUAUAGGGUGUUGAUCUGAAGAGUUGAUGUCUUAGCAUUCUGAAUAUUUUGAUUACUUUAUUGAAUGGAGGACCGAAGCUAGAGAAACAUUUUACUUGUUUAUUAUUAGGUGAUAUCCCAAAAUUUUCUCAAGAUUAA